UCAUUUGGUUCAUGCAAACACAAUCAAACAAGCAGUUUCAUCUGUCGUGAGGCUUUCAAUACAGCCGCUCCAUCUCUUAUCAACAGAGGCACGAGUGCACAAGAUCAGAUCAUCUCUUUCUCGUACUACAGCAAGUGACUUCACCGCAACAUCCGAUAAUACCCUGCCAUCACUCCCAACUACGUAAUUCGAGAUUAUUGGCCCUUCCUUUGACCCUUUCACAAAACUGCAGUGAGCCUCGGCAUCUCCUAGAACGUCUCUCUAGAUAGCUAGGGUAAGGAAGAUAUAUCACGAUGGCGGAUGUGGAGAUGAAGGAGGCAACCGCGGGGACUCAGCCAAGGGCAAAAGCGUGUCGAAGAGCUCAGAAGGGGCUAUGGAAUGCCGUCGCUUUGUGGGCCUGGGAUAUCGUCGUCGACAACUGUGCAAUCUGCCGCAAUCACAUCAUGGAUUUAUGUAUUGAGUGUCAGGCGAAUCAAGGUUCAUCAACAACUGAGGAGUGCACAGUAGCCUGGGGAAUUUGCAACCAUGCAUUCCACUUCCACUGCAUAUCUCGCUGGCUCAAAACCCGACAAGUUUGUCCGUUGGAUAACAGAGACUGGGAAUUCCAGAAGUACGGCAGGUAGAUUAAAGAUACGGGGAUUUACGCAAGUCUCAGUUUGUGACUGCUCCUUUUGAUCUCGCAUAACCUAGAAUACGGACUCUAUCGAUCGUUCUGGAAUUUGAAUUGGCUGGGGAAGGACAGUUCGAUGGCGGGAAGCCAACCGGGUUGGAUGGCGUUCACGGUUUUUCAUCAAACGUUGCUUGGCCAGAGGCUUUGAUGCGCACAUUCAAACUCGUCACGAUCGCAAAGAUAAGAUUGGUUUCAUAAGGUACUCGAUUGGUCGGUCAAGGGGAUUAUUAGGAGAUUAUGCAACUUUGACACCGUCAACCAUGAUGCCUGGGCCACCCGCACUCCCUGUCGUGGGAACAAGCCAUUUCUCAGGAUGCUUGUUGUACAUAGGCCAAGGAGGGAUAACAGCCAAUGCCGUCACUAAUGUGCCCGCCAAACCAG